UACAUCGGCACGUACCUAUUUAUUCACAUAGAUACAUCAUUUUUAGUACGAUGGCACCGUUUUUAUCAAGAAAAACAAUGCGACAUUUCUUGCCAUUUAUGAUACUUAUUGUGGGAGGAUCAUUUCUAUUACGUGAAUUUGCAGACGUAAGAUACAAAUUCAGAUCAGUAGUCUCAUAUGAUAUAAAAAAAGAUUUUCAAGAAAAGGGUAUUGAAGUGAAAAAAUCUGCUAGUUUAGAAGAAGAAUAUGAAAACACAAUGAAAAAACUAAAUAUUGAUAACUGGGAAAAUGUCCGAAUACCAAGACCAUGGGAUGAAAAAGACAGUACAAAGAAUUGA